GAAUUAUUGAAGUAGAUUUGUUUGUUAUACUGAUGGUAAUGUUGUGUUUAAACUGUUUUACUGUAUGUGUGUCUGUUCACAGUGGAUUCUUUGUUAUGGAGCGAUGCUGUAGUGUCGGCAGGGAUGGUCCUGAUCCUUGCUCCUCGCCUCCACCUGCCUCACCUCCUCCUCCUCCCAGCCGCCUCCCUUCCCCUCACCAUCCAGCGUCACCCUCCUCUUCCCCACCAUCCCUGACUUCUCCCCCUCUUCCUCCUCGCUGCCACCGGCUGGGCUGUGCAGGAGCCAUGGUGGAUGUGGGUAAAUGGCCCCUGUUCACGGUGCUGAACAGCGAGGAGCAAGCUGCGAUCCGGCAGGCCUGCGUCUUUGGAACGUCGGCCAACGAAGCCGUUUAUAUCACUCAUGCAAACGAGAUGUUUGCGUUUGGCUUGAACUGCAGUGGCUGCCUCGGAACAGGAGACAGCGUGAGCACGAUUGUGCCGAAGAAACUGGACUUCCUGAGAAGAAAGAAGGUGGUCAGUUUCAGCUAYGGCAGCGGACCCCACGUCCUGUUAGCUACAGAAGAUGGUCACCUGUUUGCCUGGGGCCACAAUGGUUACAGCCAACUGGGGAAUGGCUCGACUAACUCCGGUCUCUCCCCGGUGUCGAUCACGACCAACCUGCAGAACAUGAAGGUGACUGAGGUGGCCUGUGGCUCGCAUCAUUCCCUAGCUCUCACCCAGGAAGGUGAUGUUUUUGCGUGGGGGUAUAACAACUGUGGCCAAGUGGGCUCAGGCUCCACAGCCAACCAGCCGUACCCCAGGAAGGUGACCGGCUGCCUGCAGGGGAAGACUGGGGUGGGCAUCACGUGUGGACAGACCUCCUCCAUCGCUCUGGUGGACAACGGCGAGGUGUAUGGCUGGGGCUACAAUGGGAAUGGGCAGCUGGGUAUUGGGAGUAAUGGAAACCAGCUGUCUCCUUGCCGCCUUGCUGCACUCCAAGGACUCUGCAUUCAGCAGGUUGUGGCAGGUUACGGACACUGCCUGGCGCUCACAGAUGAAGGGCUGCUGUAYGCCUGGGGAGCCAACACUUACGGCCAACUGGGAACCGGCAACAAGACGAACCACCUCAGUCCUGUGCAGAUCAUGGCUGACAGAGAGAGGGUUGUGGAAGUCGCAGCCUGCCACUCGACGCACACGUCAGCAGCUAAGACUCAAAGUGGAAAGGUGUACAUGUGGGGUCAGUGUCGGGGCCAGCCCAUCGCCCUGCCCCACCUGACSCACUUCACCAACACCGACGACGUCUUCGCCUGCUUCGCCACCCCGUSCGUGAUGUGGCGCCUCAUGUCCAUGGAGCACGACGACUUCCUGACGGUGUCCGAGGCUCUCAGGAAGGAGUUCGACAGUCCCGAAACGGCCGACUUGAAGUUCAGCGUUGAUGGCAAAUGCAUUCACGUUCACAAAGCGGUGCUGAAAAUUAGGUGCGAGCACUUCCGCUCCAUGUUUCGCUCCCAGUGGACCGAGGACCAGCAGGACGUGAUCGAGAUCGGCCAGUUCUCAUACCCGGUCUACAGAUCCUUCCUGCAGUUCCUCUACACCGACGCUGUCGACCUGCCGCCUGAGUACGCCAUUGGCUUGUUGGAUCUGGCCACGUCUUACUGUGAGAACCGCCUGAAGCGUCUGUGUCAGCAGCUCAUCAAGAAGGGAAUCACCGUGGAGAACGCCUUCACCCUGCUGUCUGCAGCCAUACGAUACGACGCAGAGGAUCUUGAGGAGUUCUGCUUUAGGUUCUGCGUGAACCACCUGACUCAGGUGACCCAGACGGAGGCUUUCUGGCAGGUAGACGGAGCUAUGCUGAAGGAGUUCAUCAGCAGAGCCAGCCGCUGCGGCGCCUUCAAGAACUGAGUGGGCCUUUUAUUACUUUUAUUUUUUAAAGCAACUGAAUGUUCUCACCAAAGUGAUGCAGCCCUAUUUGUUGAGGUGUUUUAUAUAUUUCCUGAGGCUCCUGGCUGAAGUGAAGCUGUUAUCUAUGGAUUUAAAUUCAGCACUUUGGCCACUUCCUGAGGAGUCGRCACUCAUUGCACCUUUUUUUAAUGUCCGAUGAAUAUUUUGUUUUCUUGGCCAGUUCUUACAGUCCUGUUUUACUUCCCUGCAUAGUGCAGAUGAGUGCAGUGUCUUUGUUUUUAAACUGUUUUUGAUUAAAGUAUUUUGGAUUACAGGA